AUGUUUCAGUUUUCGGUUGGUUUUACACUUGGCAACGUAGCUGGGAUGUAUCCGGCCCAGAACUACGAUGUUCCGAACAUUUCGAAGAAGAUUGAAGACAUCAAGAGAGACGCGGAAGCUAGAAAGAAGCCUCCGAACGACAAGUGAUGUUUACCUAGCCGUCUCUGUAUUAAAUGCAGAUCAUGUCGUUUUGCCACUAGGCCGCAGGUGCCAAACCUUCAUGUGGCUUUUUUGGGAUUUCCUCCAGAUGUGUAGUCUUGAAAAACCAAGCUGCCCUCAGGCUGAAGUGUCACCACAUCCAAGGGACCUUCUAGCACUUUCUGGAUAUUUGACUUCUUUUUCUUUCUUUCUUUCUUUUUACCCCAUGCGUAAUGAGAAAAACCAUGCAGGGAGAGACUAA